AUGUCGUCAAAGGCUGCAAAGCUAGUGCGGUCCCAACUUGCAGGAAGCUGGGAACUCAUAGAGUACAGCCUCCCGCUUGAGGCAGACCCGGCAAACAAGCUAUACCCUAUGACUCCGCACGUCAAGGGCAUCAUUCUGUACACUGAAGACGGGUACAUGUCGGCGCAGCUGCACAUUCCCGGCCAGAGACCGUUUGAGGGCGAACAACCGUUUGAUCGAACUGUUGGUCCCGAGGGAGCCGCGGCAGCGGAGAGGGAAUGGGCCAAGGUCGGACGCAAGUACAUUGCCUACACGGGGGAAUUUUACAUCGACGUCGACAGAGAACAGCCCGUCAUCAAGCACCACAUGCGCUGCGCCAGUCUGCCGUACAUGGUGACGGAUGUUCAAGAGAGAACCUUCCAGUUUGAGGGUAGGAGUGACGGGAAUAGGUAUUUGGUGCUCGGGCUCGCUGAACCCAUCAAGGUGCGAGGCGAAUCCAGGCAAGUUUUCGUGCUCUGGAAGCGUCUGCCAUUCAACGAGCGAAGUGAACCAGAUGCAACAAGGGAGUGGUGA